AACGAGUGUUGCGAGCAUAAUAAACAAUAAUAAAAACAAAUAAUUGCUUGUUUAUCUUUUUUUUCAUUCGCACAUGUGUGUUAAAACCGCAAGGAAGGAAUCUUCGAAAAUAUAAAACAAUUCAAUUCACUCGUAUCGCUAAUAAUUAUGAAUUCUAAAUUAAGCGAAAUACUAAGCUUUUAUUUAUACAUAGAUGGAUUGUGCUUUUAUUUAUACAUGGAUGAAAGUGUGCGAGUUUAUAUUGCGUAUUGUAGUUAGGAGGAACAAAAAAUUUGUAAUAAUCAUAGCAAACAAACAAUUGUUAGAUCAUUGACCGAUUAACAUCGUAAUAAUAAUCAUAAUAAUAAUAAAUAUAACAACAGUAGCAAAAGUGCAAGUAUCUCUAGCUUUAAAGAGACCUUGAAAGGCAAAAUAUAUAAAAGAGAAUUCAUGCCAAUGCAUGAAAAUAUAUUCAUAAUCACACAAUUUUUAUAGAACAUACACGUAGAAAAUGUUCGAAUGGCUAAACAAUUGUGCCGUAGGAAUAGCUACGUAAAUACUGCGCCCACUACACCAUCGCAUAAAAAUAUAAAAGAAGAAAAUGUAUUUCGUUUCAUAUACAUAUUUUUUUGUAACAAAAAUUUUGUUAUUAAACAGUGUUUAUUUUUAAAUUAAAAACAAACAUACACACCCACCCACCCUAAGGUUAUAUUAUCAGAACUGUUAAAAAAUUUUUCCCCUAUUGUGAAAGGCAACAAAGUUAAAAUAUUAAAAAUAUAUGAAGAGUUUUUGUGUAUUUAAUUUGCUAAAGUUGAAACCGUUAGGUGUUAAUAAUUUGCACACCUGCGGCUGUUGCUACUAAAACUAUGAAACUCUAUGAAACUACCUACCAGAACAACUAGCAGCAACAGCAGAUUUGUCGGCUCUGGGACCCUUAUGAUGUUAUUUCCUUAAAAUAUACAAAAAACAAAAUAAGAAAAAGCCAAUAAAUAAAAUUCAUAAAAUUCAUUCUCAUUACCUAUGUGAUAAAAAAAAGGAGGAGAAAGGAAUGACAGAGGAGAAUAUCUAGACAAAAAAAUUGCACGUUCUCUCUCUUUCUCAACUAAAGUGUUUUCUACAAUUGUUUUCGUUUUAUUUUUUGGUGCUAAAGCGCCAGAAUUUAAAAAUUUAAAAAAAAAUAAAACUAAAUUAAUUUUUAAUACGAUGUGCCAUCAACUUCAAUAAAGACAACAACAGUAGAAACAACUCCUACAACAAAAUGGAGGCUUAGCGAAUAGCACAGAAGAAGACGGGAAAACAUUUCAAUCAAACGAAAUUUAAAAAAAAUUAAAAGAAAAUUUCAAAACAAAACAUUUUUUUUUCUAAAUCUUUGCAAUAAUAAAUCCCUCCAUUUAAUUCACUACAACAACUACAACAACAACAACAACAACAUUAGCAGCAACAAUAUACAAACGAUCUGUUCAUCAUUUAAAAAAACCUUUCUAUUCAACGAGCCGUCAUUCUCAGUUAUACCCAAAAAAAAAGUUAUUUACAAAUCAAAAGACCAUCUAGCGAACAGACGAGCAAGGACUUAUAUAUAUACACACAUAUAUAUAUAUAUAUAUAUAGGGCGAGAGAGACAGAGAGAGAGAGGGAGAGAGAGACGGAGAUUGAAUAAAACUGAGCUUGAAAAAUAAAUUGAUCAGCACAAAUCUUGAAAAAGAAUAAACAGUGAGUUGGAGAAAAUGUCAUCGGGAACAUUUGUUGAUCGAAUUGAUCCCUUCGCCAAACGUUCACUAAAAAAGAAAAGCAAAAAGAGUCAAGGUUCCUCACGCUAUCGAAAUUCACAGGAUGUGGAAUUGCAACAGCUGCCGCCAUUAAAAUCCGAAUGUUCCAGUCUCGAACAAGAAGAAUUGUUUAUACGUAAAUUACGUCAGUGUUGCGUAUCAUUUGAUUUUAUGGAUCCUGUGACUGAUUUGAAAGGCAAAGAAAUUAAACGUGCCGCUCUUAAUGACUUAUCCACCUACAUAACGCAUGGUCGGGGUGUACUUACGGAAGCUGUAUAUCCCGAAAUUAUACGAAUGAUUUCUUGCAAUUUAUUUCGAACAUUGCCUCCCAGUGAAAAUCCGGAUUUUGAUCCGGAAGAAGACGAUCCAACACUGGAAGCUUCUUGGCCCCACUUACAAUUAGUGUACGAGGUGUUUUUGCGUUUUCUCGAAUCGCAAGAUUUUCAAGCAACCAUCGGCAAACGUGUUAUUGAUCAAAAAUUUGUUUUGCAGCUUUUAGAGUUAUUUGAUUCGGAAGAUCCGCGGGAGCGUGAUUUUUUGAAAACCGUCUUACAUCGUAUUUACGGUAAAUUUCUGGGUUUACGAGCAUUUAUAAGAAAGCAGAUCAACAAUAUAUUUUUACGCUUCAUUUAUGAAACGGAGCAUUUUAACGGAGUGGGUGAAUUAUUGGAAAUUUUGGGAAGCAUAAUAAAUGGUUUCGCUUUACCGCUCAAGGCCGAACAUAAACAAUUUUUGGUUAAAGUGUUGCUACCGUUGCACAAAGUCAAAUGUUUAUCUUUGUAUCAUGCUCAGUUGGCUUAUUGCAUUGUACAGUUUCUCGAAAAGGAUCCAUUUCUUACUGAACCCGUAGUAAGGGGUCUUUUGAAAUUUUGGCCGAAAACAUGCUCACAGAAGGAGGUUAUGUUUCUGGGUGAAAUUGAGGAAAUUCUCGAUGUUAUUGAUCCACCACAAUUUGUAAAAAUUCAAGAACCCCUAUUUCGCCAAAUAGCCAAAUGUGUGUCCAGCCCACAUUUUCAGGUUGCUGAACGCGCCCUAUAUCUGUGGAACAAUGAAUACGCCAUGUCUCUAAUUGAGGAGAACAAUGCUGUCAUUAUGCCUAUUAUGUUUCCGGCUUUGUAUCGCAUUAGCAAAGAACAUUGGAAUCAAACAAUUGUGGCUUUGGUUUAUAAUGUUUUGAAAACCUUUAUGGAAAUGAAUUCAAAAUUAUUUGACGAAUUAACAUCGAGUUACAAAGCCGAACGACAAAAAGAGAAGAAACGAGAACGCGACCGCGAGGAAUUGUGGAAGAAGCUGCAUGAACUUGAGCUGAAUCGUACAAAAAGUAUUCAGGCAGUCAAUACGAACACAUCCAGCGGCAGUGGCGCAGCGUCAUCAUCGUCUGGCGGUGGUGCUAUAGCUGGUAAUAGUGUUCAACAACAACAGCAGCAACAACAACAGAAUACUAGUGCGCUUCAAUCGAAUAACGCUAAUGCCAACAAUAAUAUGGGCGCUGGCGGUGACAACAAGUUAAUCAAUUCUGGUACGCUGAGCGGUAAUGCGGUAAACUCGACUGUCGGUGUUAACAAUCCAUUCGCCAAAAUGAAGCCCGAAACUAAGAUUGAAAACUAA